AUGGCGAGGGGAAGAGGACGAGGUCGGAAGCAAUUGGCUCAGGGUGAUUUUGCGGUAGCGGAGACGUCUCGUUCGGUGGUUAUUCAUGGUGAAGAGAAGGAGGGUGAGGAUGUGGAGGAUCUGGAGGAUGACGAUGAGAAAAGGUCCUCUGAUCCAGAUUUGGGAAGCUUGGAAAAGGGAUUUGAUGAGAAGGAAAGAAUGGGUGUGGAAUUAGAUGGGACUGGUGUUGAGAUUCAAGGAGAUCAUGGAUCUAUUGAUUCAAAAGGAGUUGAGGGAUUUCAUACUGGAAUGGUUGUGAAACCUUGGAUUGCCCUUUUUGCGGAUAAUCGGCUCAAGGAGGAAGGUAGUGAGCUUAGGUAUGUUUCUCCUUCUGUGGCUAAUGGCCGAAGAAUAGUUAAUUUUCAUUCUGAUGAGCUAAUUCAGGAGGAGAAAUUAUGGAAGAAUGCUUUUUUGGUUUGUGUCUAUGGUUUGCAACCAAGAUUAGAGAGAUUCAAUGUCUUUGCUCAUGCUAGGUGGAAGAAAUAUGGAGUUGUGAGUGUAUCAAGGGUUAAUGCUGAUCUCUUCAUGGUCAAAUUUUCCAGUGAAUCAGGUGGUGAACAAAUGAUGAAAGAAGGCCCAUUUACCUUUGAUAACCAUCCAGUUGUGGUGAAAAAAUGGCAGCCUAGGUUUAGCUUUGAUACUGCAAUUUGUGCUCUUCCUAUAUGGAUCCAACUUCCGGGGCUACCAUGGGAGUUUUGGCCUAUUGAUAUGCUCAGCAAGAUUGGGAGUGUAUGUGGAAGGCCAAUGUAUUGUGAUAAGUGUACUUUGUCUAAAGUGAAGUUGGGAUUUGCAAGAAUUUUGGUGGAGAUGGACUCUUCAGGUGAUUUCCCUGAUUUAAUAGAUUUAAUUGAUGAACAAGGAAAUGUAUUUCGGCAGAAAGUGGUCUAUGAGUGGAAACCUUCAGUGUGUUCCAUUUGUAGGAGAUUUGGGCACUUGGGGAAAGAUUGUAAGAAUAACAGGCAAGAGAAAAUGGUGUGGAGGGUGAAGCCAGUACAACAAUCUGGAAAAAGCUUUGUGGAUAUUAGUUUGAAAGUGAAUGCUCAGGAGAAAUCUGAUAUAUUUGAGGUGGAAUCUGGGAGUGCUGAAUUGGUCAAGUGUGAUGUGGGGCAGAAUGUAGGCAAAGAAGUUUGGAGAGAUAUAGUUAAGGGAAAGGAUGUUAUUUCUAAAGGGAAUUAUGGAUCUUCCCAGCUUAAGAAAGGGGAUCAGGUGAAGAGUACAUCAAUUACUAGCAACACUAAAGUAGAUUUGAAGAAUGUUGUAAUUACAGGAGAUAAAUCAUACAAAAAAUGGGGUGCUCAGAUGAGUGAUGUGGGCCAGGGUGACAUUCAGAAAAAUAACAACAGUUUUGGUAUUUUAGAUGGAUUAGGAGGAAGAGCUGGUGAACCCUCUCUUGCUGGUAUGAAUUAUGGGGCUGAUGGUAGGAAGAGCAGAGGACUAAAUAGUCCUCUAAAGCAAUCAGAGUUGAGAGCUCUGGUUGCUAGAUAUAGAAUUGUGCUUAUGGGUGUUUUGGAGACUAGAGUAAGAGAGGAGAAUAGGGAAGAUGUGUGGGCCAAACUCAAUUUAGGUCACUGGAAGUUAGAACACAACUACUUGAUCAGUAGUCAAGGGAGAAUUUGGGUGAUGUAUGAUGCCAAGGUAGUUACUCUAAUGGUUGUUGGGAAAAGUUCACAGUAUAUCCACUGUAAAGUUACCUGGGGUGAGGGUGAUUUUAAUGCCAUUUACAGCAAUGAUGAUAGAAUGGGGGGUGUUCCAGCGAAUAAGGAGGCAACAAAUGAGUUUCAGAAUUGGAUUUUGGGGCUAGACCUGGUGGAGUGUAGUGUCUCUGAUCACUGUGGAUUAUUGGUUGAUGUUCAGAGUAAUAGAAGGAAUACAAAAGUGCCUUUUAGAUUCUUUAAUAUGUGGUGUGACCACCCUGACUUUAAUAAGAUUGUUGAGAAGGUAUGGUGUACUCCUGUGAGUGGACGGGCUAUGUACAAGGUGUACUACAAGCUAAAGUUACUUAGAUCUGAAUUACGAAAACUUAAUAGGAGAGGGUUUGAUAAUAUCUCAGGCAGAGUUCUGAAAUGCAGAGAUGAAUUGGAGGCAGUUAGGUCCAGACUGCAAUUGGAUCCUUUUAAUGUGGAGAUUCAAAGAGAGGAAAGGAUGGGGAUUAAUGAAUUGCAAAGAACAUUGCAGCAGAGGAAAGCAAGGAAUUGCAUAAAACAUUUGGUACUUCCUAAUGGGGAGGAGUGUAUAGAUCAGGCUGCAAUUCAAGAAGCCAUAGUUAGGCAUUUUAAGGAGUUCUUGGGAAGUGAAAAAGAUAGAAAAAAUACUUUUGACAGAACUGGAUUUAUGACUAAACUAGUCCCAGUAGAGGAAUGGGAGAUGCUGUGCAGUCCAGUGAAGGCUGAGGAAGUUAGAGAAGCGUUAUGGAGUAUCAAGGAUGAUAAGUGCCCAGGUCCUGAUGGGUUCAACAGUGUUUUCUUCAAAAAAACAUGGGGCAUUGUUGAUAUUGGCAAGAAGGUUGAGAGGUGUUUUAGGGAAGAUAGUUCAUAUGAAUCAGUCUGCAUUUAUUCCUGGGAGGCAGAUAUCUGA